AAGCUCCAGUAGCAGUAUACAAGGAUAAUAGUUUAUAUAUAACAGUGAUUAAAGUGUUUUUUUAAUUUAGGAAUAUUAACUCAUCAAUGCAGCAUACAAAUGUUCUUCAAGUAUCUGAAGCUGUUGAAGAAUUUCCUGUGAUGAAACAAGAUGAUGCAGAUGUGCAUGCAAAUUGCACUUACUUUGAGAGACUGUCUGGAAAUAUAUUUUCUUCUGGCAAAAGAUUUUUAAAACUUUUUUCAGGGGAAGUAAAUUUGAUUGGAAACCAACUCAAUCAAGCAUUUGUCAAGGCUCCAGAAAUACUACCAUCCAUUAGUGCGACUACAGAAUUACCACAAUUCAUUAGCACAACUACAGAAUUACCAACAUCCGUCAUUGAAACCUGCCAACUUAUUUUGGAUACAAUUAAAAAACCUAAUAAUAAAUGGCUAAAAGAAACGGAGUACCUUUUGCAGAAUAAAGUCCUCACUAUUGGUGUGUUUGGACGUCACAAAGCUGGAAAGAGCACUUUAUUGAAUGCACUCCUUCAUCAUGAAGUGUUAUCGGUAGCUAAUACAAAUGAAACAGCUUUUAUUUUAAGAAUUUGUCAUAAGCCUAGCAGCCAUCAUGAAAGCAGUUGUAUUACAGAUACUGGACAAUUUUUAUCAAUGAAAAAGAAAACAAUUACAGGUCGUCAAGAUAUUCGACUUGCAAUUCAAAAUAAGAAUGAUGAGAUCCGAAAAAACACUGCAGAAAUUGCAGUUGAUGAAUUAGAAGCUCACGUUCCCUUCCUAUGUCGUUGUUCCACUGGUGAUAUCAACAUUGUGCUGUUAGAUACUCCUGGUUUGUCUGAAUCAAACGACUUAGGGAUUUCUGAAGUAUCAGAGUAUCAAUUGAUGACCUGUGCUAUAUAUGUUUAUGUAAUAUCAUCUCAACAAUUGGAGGAUUCUAUUGAUACUGACUCACUGAGAGCUAUUGUUUUGAGGGAUCCAAAUGCAUUUGAAGAAAGGCGAAUCCUCAUUGCUGUAACAAGGCUUGAUGAGUUUAAUAUAAAAACCUCAGAUUCAGACAGUGAGGAUCAUGAUUCAAGUUCUGGCAAUGAUGAAGAAAUCCCUAAGCGUAUUGAUAGCAUAAAGGAGGUCAUCCAGCGACAGUGCAGGUGUUUAGGUGUGCCUAUUCCAGAUGAUUGCAUUGUACCUCUGUGUGCUAUUGGAGCUCUUAAGGCAAGGAAAGAGAAACUAGGAGGAAAGAGAAAUAAAGAAAUGAAAGUGCUGAUGGUAAAGCUAGAUGUAUCUACUGCAGAAGAGAUGGAAAUAGUUAGUCAAGUACCAUUAUUGGAAGAAAAGCUUAUUGAAAUUGCUGGUAAUUCUCAUUACUUAUGGCACUACAAUAUUGUAAGGGAUUGCACUAGAUACUUGGACCAAGCUAUGGAAAAACUAGAUGAAAUUAAGGAAGGCUUUGUGAAACUUGAAAAUAAGUAUAAUGAUAAAGUAAAGGAAAAAAAGGAUAUCAUGAAUGAAUUACAAAAAUUAGCAGCGGAUUUAAAAUCUAACUAUGAUAAAGAGUCCAAAUUUUGCUCAGAAUUAGAAACUGCUUAUGAUAAAGAUUUAAAGAAAAAUGAAGGUAAAAUUAAUGAGGUGUCCAAAUCACACUCAAAAACUUUUGAGAAAUUUCGAGAAGACAUUGAAAAAGAGGGAUAUAUUACCACUCAACAGCAGUUCAACUCAAGGGCUGAAAAAAUAAUUGAAAGUGAAAACGAGUCAUUGAUAAAUGAUCUAAAAGACCUUCCAUUUAGAGAAGUGGAUGCAGCUGUUUGCAAGUCAACGUAUCAAAUAGGUAUUAUUAGACAAAAGUUAGAACAGUAUCUGGCCUCAUACUGUGAUACUGCUACUUCUACAUGUGAGGAUCUUCAUUUACAGGAAAGUUCCAUUAUUUCUGAAUCUGUCAGUGACAGUGGAAUAGCAGUCGAUAGCCCAGAUCUCAAGUUAGGUGACUUACUUAAACAAAGCAAAGUGCACUAUAAUUUAUUUUACAGACUCCAAAAAAUUUUUAAGAAUUUUGGUGUUGCUGUAGAUGAUCCAAAUCGUGUCUUAUUGAAGCCUGAAAUUGAAGCUUUCCUUAAGGAAUUGGAAGAACACUUCAUGGCAGGAUGUCAUGACUAUUUUCAAAAGAUUAAACCCAAAAUAAUAGAGAGCUAUUUAAAACAGCACAAAGAAAUUGUUGAGAAACACAUAGCUGACAUGGAGCAACAUUAUUUUGAACAGAGAGUAGGAAUGGAUACUAUAGUUAAAGUAUGGAGGAAAAAAGCGAAAUGUAAUCAGGAUAAGGUGAAGUCUCAUUCUGAUUUAAUUGAUAAUCUCGAGAAACAGAAGAAGCAUCUUUUAUCUUUAGCUGAAAGGCACCAUGGAAUUUCCUUGUUUUCUAAACAUUUACAAGAUUAAUAAAGUCGUGUCAAUGGGAAAUUUUGCUUACUUAUAGUAUUAAUUUUUUAGAACAAACUAGUGAUAAUAGUUUAAGCAUUUUUAGUCUUGAUUUGCCAUUAUAAUUUGAGCUAAAAUUUAUAAAGAAUAUUA